AAACAUUGGUGUACACGACCACAACCCGUUUCAGCACCUGUGACUUACUCUUUCGAUAUCCAUCGUAUGUCUGAGAUUUCAGAACGUUAAUCGAGGAUAAAACAUGGUAAUUCACUAGCAAGGAUUGCUCGGAAACGGAUGAACGACGACAACAGCAUCAGUAUAUCACUCUCCCUGACCUUUCUAGCAUCUGUCGGAAGGACCUAUCAAAAUUCUGGAAUGCUAGGUUCUGUAUACAAUCAACUUAUGGCGUAUCUCUACAGUGCAGACUUUGAUCGUACUGACGGCUUAAGCGGGCAUGAUCUGAGGAAUGCAAAGCCAAGAUGGCAAGAGCUGAACGAAGUGUCAUCAGCGUAUACCACAUCUACAGCAGUGAACCAGCCUCAAGAACGGAAACGUGUCUCGAAACAACUGGAACCUAGUCGACGCAUCACUCGUCAGGAUACACACGUAAAGAAAAUCGCUCGCUUGGGCGCAUCGGUAUCUCAUUCGCAUUUAAGAGCACGCUCUCAAAUUGUCGAGGGAAGAUCAAAUCGUGCAAAGCCAUCCACAAAGGCUCCCCAUCCAGAUAUUUGGGCAAUAUCGCGGAAGCAAACAUGUCUUUUGCGCCUUUUCGCCCUCAUCGGCAUCACUUUCAUUUGCAGCAGGCUUUUGUCUCAACGGACACCCUGGUCAAACGCAAGCAGUCUGGCUCAUAUCGAGACAGGGUUCGAAGAUCGAAUUUGCAGAUUCCCAGUGGUCUCAAGGAUACAAUAUUGCGGAACAUAUCUGGAGCCGGAGCCGACCCUGCGUGCUCAUUCUGUACGUCGUGCAAUCCCGGAGGUCCUGUAUGCACUGUCGGAGAGUCCGAACGCAGUGGAUGAUGUUUUGGACCUGUCUGAGGAGACGAAGAUAGGGCUGCGUUCGUUACGCAGGAGCACCCGAAUACCACCAAAUACGUGUUCCCGGCCAACGGAACAGAAUCUUCCGACCGGGAGAGCGGAGGCGAAGCCACAUCCAAGCCUUCAUGCCAUGAGAAACAGCUUAGUCUCCCACGUUGCAAGCAAUGGUAUCAAGAGCCGAAUCACCGAGGCUGAUCAGGAAAGGAGACUCGGUGUCGCAGAGUCCACUCUCAUUGCACAGCACAUGCGUGAGGAGAUCGUCAGUCUUCUCAUCGAUAUCGUGACCUGGCUGGAAGACCAUAUCAACGGAUGGGACGUCACCAAGGACUUCCUUCUUGAUCGCAUGCAUCGUAACAUGGUGUCUAUCGAUGACCGAUAUUUGGACAUCAGAGACAAGACAGUAGAUGUCCGGUCCAACAUGUUGUUGAGAACGUCAGAGGAAGAGUUCCAAACAGAUGUUGCAAACCACUUUGGUGAGUGGGCAAUGGUCCUUGAGAACAUGCGCCAUGAGCUCGAGUCGAUGGGAGAGGCCCGGAGAGUCCCGUUCGAGCAAGCGGGUGUAUUUCUUGCAGUCACAGACGUUGUAGCAGACGAUCUUGUGGCCAGCGAGAGUCUGCAUCAGAGAGUGAAGCAGAUGUCAUGGCUCAAGCGCUUUGUGUUGUGGUCUUUGCCCUUCAGCAACGUCCAAGGAUCUGAAGCUGCCGUAGAAGUGCUCCCAGGCGGUGGUGAACAUCCCAAGAUUCCCACUAAAGUCUAGGAAACGGAGCUCCUGCUCAAAAAGAUCCAAGACAUCCACCCGCGACUGCGAGCCAUGCAUGCUUCGGUGGACAAAGCACUUACCUCGUUAAAGGCUUCCAGAACACUCAUCCAAUCUGAGCGGUCAGUAUGGCUCAUUAGGUUGCUGAGAGGUUCAUCGAUGACUGAUCAAAACUUGAUCAGCGGAUUGAGAGAGGCACAAAACAUGGUUCCCAUGCUGAUGGACCAAAGGAGAGGGCAGCGUGUGGAGAGGGUGUAUCAACGGUCGAAGGCCAAAGCAGCGGCAGAACGUGGGCACGGAGC